GAACGUCGAAGGUCGAGUACUCCGGUAUGUUCCAAUUUUUCUGACAUUAGCAACACGCAUUCUUUUUCUCAACAAUGAGGAUUAGAGUUGUACGAAGUUUGUAUAUCAUUUUGUUAUGCACUGUUUUUGCACUCUACAUUACAAUGCAAUAUUAUGGUGAAUCAAGAGAGAAAAAUCUGUCGGCGCUGCAAAAUACAAUAAAAGAUUUCCGCGAAAAACCACAAGAUGUACUAUCAAUGCCUUGGCUCGCCGAUAUACCAGCUGGUCAACAAUGGCAUACUGUUAAGUCAAGAUCGGAUUCUCGAGAUAUCCGUGUCCAAUUAUCUACCAAUAAAUCGAAGGCAACAAUUGAUUCUGGCAAGAGUAAACAUUUAACCAUUGGAACAUUUGAAGCUCCAGUAUGUCCAAAAAUUGACAAUAAUUAUCCAGUGAAUACAACAUAUCAAGUGAGAUAAUUCUCUUGAGUAAUUAUUUCAUAUAUUUUUUUAAGGCUUGUUUCGUUAUUGAUCGUGUUUUGAAAAUUAUUUGUAAGACUUGUUGAUAGUUUAUACUUUGGGCUUGUUGAUUUAUAUUGUGCAUAUGCUGGAACAACAGCACCUAACUUGGGACACCAUCCUGACUAACAUCGAAGGUGAUUAGUAGAAAGCUUAUAUAGGUUGGACCAUGACAUUGCAUCAUCCUAUAAAGUCAUUAAUUGUUGGUCUAAGCUAUGUUAAAAUGUCCGGAUUACCUCCUUGGAUGUUGGAUGUUUCACAAUGCCUUUCCAGGAAUCUUUCAUUUCUAUAAUGUGUGUAGACUAAAAGUGAAACAACUUACGAGUUGAUUUGAUUUUAACUAAACCAACCAAUAACUACUUUCUUUAGCUGGUAAAAACCUCAUAGCUACUGUAUACAUGCAUGUAUAUCGAUCAUUGUACUUCGAAACAUCAAGUAAUUAACCUUUUUUUUUACUUUUUAUUGUGCAUUGAAUGUCAAUUUUACUCAGUUUCUUUCAUUGAGUUAUUUAUUAAAAUAUCUGGCAAUUUUCAUGUAGAGUCUUCAUUAACAUCCUUCUAAUCUUGAACAUAUUCAUUAAAAUUUGUUAAAUAUAUUUUUUUCUUAUCAAUUUACAAACUGUUACCAAACUACAUGGUUUGAACCAACGAUACUGUCAGUUAGUCAGUCAUAUAGUAAUAUUUUAAUUAUGUUUUUUUUUUAUCACGGUGUUAUGUAAAAAGUGAAUGCCAUCAGUUAGGUAUAACAUUGUUUACUAAGCUGUGAGUUUAAUGUUGUUUGAUGUGACUCUGUAUAAUUAGGAUAUAGUCGUCUGCAUAAUCAAUGAAUCGACAACAAUAUAACACUUAGCACUAGUUUGUAACGGCUCCAGUUGUCAUAACUGAUAUUAGCAUAGUGAGAAAGGAAAUCGAUAAAUUGAGAAGCUAAGUGAGUGAAUUGGUUAGCUUCAAAUUUAGUGGACGUUUGAACAUAUGAAAUAUAGCCUAAAAAUAAGAUUUUAAAAUUUAGAGUUCAAUAUAACACUUAACUCAAGAUUUAGGGGAGGAUGAAGAAUUAAUACUACUGUACCACAUCACUAGCUCCUUGAACUACUGAUUUUGAGUGCCAUCCAACCAGGUAGUCUUCUUCUGAUAUGACACAGAUUAACGAUUAAUAACUUCAUGUACCCGUUCCGUAUCAUGAAUUGUUUAGCUGUGGCUUUAUUCCAAUCUGGUUCUAUGUUAGAUAGCAUUGGAUUUCAAGGUAGAUGGUAACUAGUUAUACGUUAAACAUGUCUUAACCAUCUCAUUCGAUACAGAUUUGUAGCUUUCUUAGUCGGAUUAGUUCUUAACUCUUCAUUGUUCUCUGUACGGUUAUACUAUAUAUGAGUAAUUAUUCAAAGAAACCUGUGAUCGAGUCCUUACAGCUUAAGUAUAUUUCCCACCUUCGCAAACUAUAUAUUUAGUGGUCAUAGAAUAAUGCAAAGGAAACUGCUAUGCAACAUACCCGCUGUUUAAUUUUCAGACUGAGAUAUCGCCUGUACUAUAGUUGGACAGGUUUGUCAAAGACAGGGGACUACAAGUAUCAAGAACACAGUAUUGUUUAACUACAUUGGAAAAAUACCUAGUUAAAGUUUUUUUCCAGUAGCAGUAUUACGUAAUUUUUCUUAAGACGAAGUUAAUAUCUGUUGUCUUCGUUCUAUUUUGAGAUGAAUAAUAUCUAUAGCCAGUUGGCAUUUGAUGAUCAACCCGGCGGUGUGUGGACUCAAGGAUUUCCUAUUGAAUAUAAAAUGGAUCAAUGGAAAGAUCAACCAUUAGAAGUUUUCAUUGUACCGUUUUCACAUCAUGAUCCAGGUUGGGUUAAAACUUUUGAAAGAUACUUCAUCACUGAAACAAAGCCUAUUCUAGAUGCUACGUUAACGACAUUAAGUGAAAAGGAAGAAUCUAGAUUUGUCUAUUCUGAAGUGUCAUUUUUAGAUUCAUGGGUAAACACUUUAUCAGAGGAACAAAAACAAUCUUUCAAAAGAUUGUUGCAAAAUGGACAUUGGGAAAUUGUUUCAGGUGGCUGGGUUAUGCCAGAUGAGGCAGUUACGCAUUAUUAUUCGAUUAUUGAUCAAUUUAUUGAAGGUCACCAUUGGUUAUUAGAACACUUUGACUAUAGACCAAAUGUCACAUGGGCUAUUGAUCCGUUUGGACAUAGUUCAACAAUGCCAUAUAUAGCGAAAAAGCUUGGUUUCUCUCAAAUGAUUAUUAAUCGUGUACAUUAUGAAGUCAAAAAGUAUCUUGCUAGUCGUAAAGCCUUGGAAUUUAUAUGGCAUCAACCAUGGGAUACCACCGGUUCCCACUCUAUCUUGGCGCAUAUGUUUCCGUUCUUUUCAUAUGAUGUUCCGCAUACAUGUGGUCCAGAACCUGCGGUAUGCUGUCAGUUUGAUUUUAUUCGAAUGGAAAAGUACGGUUGCCCAUGGAAAAAAUCACCGGUUCUCAUAGAUGAUUCAAAUGUUGCUGUUCGAGCUGAUAUGUUAGCUGACCAGUACAGGAAAAAGGCUACAUUAUACAAUAAUAAUGGUCUAGUUUUAAUCCCAUUAGGUGAUGAUUUUCGUUAUCAAUCAACAUAUGAAUGGAGCGUUCAGUUGGAUAAUUAUAAUAAAUUAAUUCAACACAUCAAUUCAAAUCCUAGUUAUAAGAUGAAAAUACGUUUCUCUACAUUAUCCAAUUAUUUUCAUACAUUAAAUGAACGAGUAAACAAAAUGAAUUCAGCACUUUCUGCAUCAUUUCCAUCAUUAUCUGGUGAUUUCUUUACUUACGCAGAUCGACAACAUGACUAUUGGAGUGGAUAUUACAAUUCAUAUCCUUAUGAAAAAUUUUUAUCACGUUUAUUAGAAUCUGAGUUAAGAACAGCUGAAAUACUUUACAGUUUUGCCAGACAAAGUGUUGGUCGUAUACAAAGCGUUGCUCAAUUAAUACCAUUAAUUACAAAUCUUUAUCAGAAUCUUACAAUAGUUCGACGUAAUCUUGGUUUAUUUCAACAUCAUGAUGCAAUGCCUGGUACAGCACGACCGGAAGUAAUGCUUGAUUAUUCAGAAAGAUUAUUGAGAGCUGUCGAUGCGGCGCGAAAAGUAAUUACAAUCUCUAGUGCUUAUCUGCUAUUAUUACCAUCAAUGUUAAAAUCAGAUAUUGAGUUUUCAAAUAGACGACGUCUACCUGUCUCUAGUCAGUUUAAACAGACGUUAAUUCAGUUAAAUGAUGAAUAUGAAAGAAAAAAUGAUAAUAGCAAUGAUAAUAUUUCACAUGGUUUCUAUUCUCUAGAAGAUAAUUUACAUAAUCAUCAAUAUUCAGAGCCAAUUUUAAUUGAUUUCUUUCAGAAUAAUGGUAAUGCUGAUGUUGAAAAUACUCGUCGUAUUUACAUUUUCAAUCCAUCAACUCGUAAUCAUAGUAAAAUAAUUACAUUACAUGUAAAAAGUCAUCUAAUGAAUUUUCAAGCUAAACAGAUUAUUUCGAAUUCUAUGGAAAUAUUAUAUAAUCAGUUAAAUAUACAAUUAGAGUAUAGCUCAACAAAUAUACCAAAUGAUUAUCAACAUGAACAACAACAACAACAACAACAUGUUAGUUUGUUGUAUUUAAGUCCAGUUAAAUUAUAUCCUCUUUCAUUUACAUGUAUUGAAUUGAAUUUAACAUCAAUGCCAACAUCAUCGUCUAUGGUACAAGUAAAUCCACAAUUAAUACCAGUUAUAAAUGAUGCUGAGAUAUUAGUUCAUAAUCGUCCUCAACUUUUCAUAGAGAAUGAUUAUAUUCAACUGGAAUUUGAUUCUAAAACUGGUUAUCUUCAAAAAAUGUUGAAUAAAUUAACUGGACAAUCUAUGGACAUGAAAAUUAACUUUAUACAAUAUAAAAGUUUAGAAGGUGAUUCACAUAGUGGCGCUUAUUUAUUUAUCCCUGAUGGAUUAGGUGAACCUUCAUCAAAUCCAAAAUCGUAUCGUUACACUAAAGGUAAUUUGGUGGAUGAAGUGAUAGUUUACACGCAGUAUGUUACACAUAAAGUUCGUUUGUACAAAUCAUCUGGUUUACAAUCACAGUUCGUUGAGAUUGAGAACAUUGCCAACAUAAAAGUUAGUCGUCCUACUGAUAUUGACAUAUUUAUGACAAUACAAACUAAUCUUUUGAAUAAAGAUCGAGUAUUCUAUACCGAUUCUAACUGCUUUCAGUUUAUUCAAAGGCAGUAUUAUGAUAAAAUUCCUUUGCAAGGGAACGUUUAUCCAAUGGCAUGCGGCGCCUAUAUAGAACAAGAGAUGAAUGACAGUGAUGAUAGAAGCCAUACGAAACAAUAUCAACGAUUAAAUCUGUUCACUUCACAUCCUACUGGUGUAGUCAGUCCUAAGGUUGGUCAAAUCAAUGUAUGGAUUGAUCGUCGAUCUUCACGAGAUGAUUCACGUGGUGUUCAAUCUAAUUUGAAUGGAGAAUGGGUUGUAAAAUCGCAAUUACAUUUAUUUACUGAAAUAAUUUCAAUUGAUAAAACUCAGAAAAUAGCUAUUCCAAGUUUGUCUAUAUUUUCCCAACAAAUAUUAAAUGAUCUAUUAAGACCAAUACAUAAAUUUUAUGUAAAUCAACCAGAUUUAAAUAAUUUACUUGUAACAGAAUAUAAUUUAAUACCUAAAUCUGGUUUACCAUGUGAUUAUGAAUUGGUAACAAUGAAAACAUUUCAUAAUAUAAAGAUACCAAUAAAGUUUCAUGCUGCACCGAAUACUCAAGUUGGUGUGAUUUUACGACGUCAUGCACCAGUUUGUUAUGCUAGAAAUUUACCAAAAGUUGAUUUUUACUCAGAAUGUUUCAAUAAUCAUGUUGGACAAAAUGAACUUAAUAUACAUAAAUUAUUUGGUUCAAUUCAAUUAAAAUAUGCAAUACAAACUAAUCUGACUAUGAUUCCAUCAAUUGUCUCUUCUAUGAAUAAUAAUAGUAGAUAUCAAUCAAGUAAAAUAGAUCGUAUUCAUGUGAAUCCAAUGGAAAUUGAAGCUUACUAUCUUGUUUAAUUCAUUAUUCUUGUUAACAUUUUAAAACUUUUUCUUUUAAAUCCAUAGUUGUGUUAAUUUUGUUUUUCUUUUCUUUUUUUGUGUGGAUAAUAUUCUUUCUUGAUGGUUGUUUGUUUUUUUUUUCUUUUCUAAACUAUCCCAUGGCACUAAUCUUUCUUCAACUAUCUCUCUUCUCCUAUGAAUGUAAAUAUUAUAUGUUUGUAUACAAUCUAAUCACAUAAUGAGUAAUAAUGAUGUUGAUAAAAAUUGUACAAAAUCACUCAAUUCUAUUUGACUUUUGUAAUAUGAAAUGAUGAAAUUUUAUCUUUCCUAUAUAUCCAUUGUUAUUACACCAGUCUUUCUUCAAAUGCUCAUACUUCAUGUGUAUAUGAUGUAUGCUAAUUAGAAAGUACUUUUAAAUAGUAAUAAUAAUAAUAAUAACAUGAUAUUACGUAAUCCUUUUUUUUUUUAAAAAAAAUAAAUUUCUGUUUGUUUUUCUUUUCUCUUUCAAUAUACUACUGAAUUGUUCAUAAUUUUGUAAGGAUGAUAAUUCUCUUUUAUGAUUAUUUUAUUUACAAUAGAAAUUUGUAGUUUAUUGUAUUAAUCAUAUUGAAUAAUGGUGAAAUAAAAAUAAAACUUCCACUUGAAAUUUGUUAAUCAUUUAAGUUUGAGUUGAUAAUAAGAUAAGUAAUGAACAAUUCAAUUUGUUACUUUACGUUAUGUACUAGUUGAUAGUUGUUAGUACUUUGAAUAUUCGAAGGAACUGAUAAUCUUUAUGAGAUUCAAAAUCAUUCAAUAUCGCUAAGUUUCAUAAUUCAUAUUAUUAUUUACUUCUUAGAUCUACG